AAGACACAUAUAACAUUAUUAAGAAUGGCUUCAUCUGCAUCAUCUUCUUCAUCUUCAUCUUCAAGUUGGAGUUCAAAGCAAAACAAGAUGUUUGAAAAUGCUCUGACGGUGUACGACAAGGACUCGCCAGACCGGUGGCAAAAGCUGGCGAGUGCCAUCGGCGGGAAGACGGCGGAGGAAGUGAAGACGCACUACGAUAUGUUGGUGGAGGAUGUUCACAAUAUUGAGACCGGGAGAGUUCCUUUGCCAAAUUACUCUAAACACUAUUCCUACAACAACUUUCUCGAUGAAGAGCAAAGAUUGAAGGGUCUAAAGCUACAAUGAUUUGGCAACAACAUACAAGAUUGGAGUAAAGAAUAAAAAGCUACUACAAUUCAACCAAAGCUCCAAAACUGAAAUAUUGCACUUGUAGAUAUAUAUAUAUAAGAAGAAUAUUCUACAAAGUUUUUUUUUUCUUUCCACUGUACUAUAUAUAUAAAGUAUUUAUACGGUAUAAAAUGACAUAUAUUUUGAUUA